AUGAGGCCUCCGGCUCCAGUCCUACCCAGCGCCGGCACCAGCGACCACUGGCAGGGACCCCUGCGCGCCCCUCCUUCCCGCGGAGCCUGGCGCUUUAAGAGCCACAAAUUUGCAUGGCCCCGCCCGGCCCCGCCCCGCCGAGCGGCGCCGCGCCGGCUAUUUAAAGCGCGGCCCCGGGGGCGGAGGGCCAAUAGCGGUCCCGCCCUGUGCCUUCUCCGCGGAGCGGGCGCGGGCUGCGGAGCCCACCGAGAGCGCGGCUGGCCAGUGCCUGCGCGGCCACCUGCCCGAGCCCUGCGAGGACCGCGCGUCCCGCUCGCAGACCUGGCGAUGCCGAGCGCCGCCUGGGCGCUGCUGCUGGCUGCGGCGCUGGGGCUCUGGGCGCACGGGGUGCGCGGCGCCGUGGCCCUCGCCGACUUCUACCCGUUCGGCGCCGAGCGCGGCGACGCCGUCACCCCAAAGCAGGACGACGGCGGCUCGGGGCUGCGGCCGCUGUCGGUGCCCUUCCCGUUCUUCGGCGCCGAGCACUCCGGACUCUACGUGAACAACAACGGCAUCAUCUCCUUCCUCAAGGAGGUCUCCCAGUUCACCCCCGUGGCCUUCCCUAUCGCCAAGGACCGCUGCGUGGUGGCGGCCUUCUGGGCAGAUGUGGACAACAGGCGUUCAGGUGACGUCUACUACCGGGAGGCCACGGACCCAGCCACGCUGCACAGAGCCACGGAGGACAUCAGACGCUACUUCCCUGAGCUCCCAGACUUCUCUGCCACCUGGGUCUUUGUCGCCACAUGGUACCGAGUGACCUUCUUUGGAGGCAGCUCUUCUUCUCCUGUCAAUACGUUCCAGACGGUGCUGGUCACCGACGGCAAGUCCUCCUUCACCAUCUUCAACUACGAGUCCAUCUCAUGGACCACAGGCACUCAUGCCAGCAGUGGGGGCAACUCUGCUGGCCUGGGGGGCAUCGCAGCCCAGGCAGGCUUCAAUGCGGGCGAUGGGCGGCGCUACUUCAACAUCCCUGGCUCGCGCACCGCGGACAUCGCAGAGGUGGAGACCACCACCAACGUGGGUGUGCCCGGGCGCUGGGCGUUCAGAAUCGAUGAUGCCCAGGUGCGCGUGGGGGGCUGCGGCCAUACAACCUCUGUGUGCCUGGCCCUGCGCCCGUGCCUCAAUGGCGGCAAGUGCAUCGAUGACUGUGUCACCGGCAACCCCUCGUACACGUGCUCCUGCCUCGCAGGCUUCACAGGGCGGAGGUGCCACCUGGAUGUGAACGAGUGUGCUUCACACCCGUGUCAGAAUGGCGGGACCUGCACCAAUGGUGUCAACAGCUUCAGUUGUGAAUGCCCAGCUGGCUUCAGGGGACCCACCUGUGAGUCGGCCCUAUCCCCAUGUGACAGCACAGAGUGUCAAAAUGGCGGCCAGUGCCAGGCGGAGAGUGGCUCUGCAGUGUGUGUGUGCCAGGCCGGGUACACAGGGGCCACCUGCGAGACGGAUGUGGACGAGUGUGGCUCUGACCCCUGCCUAAAUGGAGGGUCAUGUGUCGACCUGGUGGGGAACUACACCUGCGUGUGUGUGGAGCCCUUCGAGGGACCUCGCUGCGAGACAGGAAGCCACUCAGUGCCUGACGCCUGCCUCUCUGCCCCCUGCCAGAACGGGGGCACCUGUGUGGAUGCGGACCAGGGCUACGUGUGCGAGUGCCCGGAAGGCUUCAUGGGCCUGGACUGCACGGAGAGAAUCCCCAGUGACUGUGACUGCCGCAACGGAGGCAGGUGCCUGGGUACCAACACUACCUUCUGCCAGUGCCCCCCAGGGUUCUUUGGACUCCUGUGUGAAUUUGAAGUCACAGCCACACCCUGCAACAUGAACACCCAGUGCCCAGACGGAGGCUACUGCAUGGAGUACGGUGGGAGCUACCUGUGUGUCUGCCACACGGGCCACAAUGUCACCCACGCCCUGCCAUCGCCCUGCGACUCAGACCCUUGCUUCAAUGGAGGUUCCUGUGACUCCCACGACGACUCCUACACGUGCGAGUGCCCGCGCGGAUUCCACGGCCGGCACUGCGAGAAAGCCCGGCCACACCUGUGCAGCUCAGGGCCCUGUCGGAAUGGGGGCACGUGCAAGGAGUCAGGGGGCGAAUACCACUGCAGCUGCCCCUACCGCUUCACCGGGAGGCACUGUGAGAUCGGGAAACCAGACUCCUGCGCCUCCGGCCCCUGUCACAACGGUGGUACCUGCUUCCACUACAUUGGCAAAUACAAGUGUGACUGUCCCCCAGGCUUCUCCGGGCGGCACUGUGAGAUAGCCCCCUCCCCCUGCUUCCGGAGCCCAUGUGUAAAUGGGGGCACCUGUGAGGAUCUAGGCAUGGAUUUCUCCUGUCACUGCCAAGCAGGGUACACAGGACACCGGUGCCAGGCAGAGGUGGACUGUGGCCGCCCAGAAGAGGUGAAGCAUGCCACCAUGCGCUUCAAUGGAACUCGCCUGGGCUCGGUGGCUUUGUACACAUGUGACCAUGGCUACAGCCUGAGUGCCCCCAGCCACACCAGCAUCUGCUUGCCGCAAGGUGUCUGGAGUCAGCUUCCCCAGUGCUUAGAAGUGGACGAGUGUCGGUCUCAGCCAUGCCUGCAUGGGGGCUCCUGCCAGGACCACGUUGCCGGGUACCUGUGCCUCUGCAGCAGAGGCUAUGAGGGAGCCCACUGUGAACUGGAGACAGAUGAGUGCGGAGCGUAGCCCUGCAGGGACGGGGGCUCCUGCAGGGACCUCCCUGCCACUUGCGAGCCAGGGCUCUGCAGCUUCACUGGAGUGCACUGAGGGACAGAGGUGGAUGCCUGUGACCCCAGCCCCUGCCAGCACGGAGGGAGGUGUGAGAACGGCGGUGGGGCCUACCUGUGCGUCUGCCCCGAGGGCUUCUUCGGUUACCACUGUGAGACAGUGAGUGACCCCUGCUUCUCUAGCCCCUGUGGGGGCCGCGGCUACUGCUUGGCCAUCAAUGGGUCCCACAGCUGCACCUGCAAAGUGGGUUUCACAGGCAAGGACUGUGCCAAAGAGCUCCUUCCACCGACGGCCCUCAGGGUGGAGAAAGUGGAGGAGAGUGGGGUCUCCAUCUCCUGGAGCCCACCCGAGGGCCCUGCCACCAGGCAGGUGCUCGAUGGCUAUGCGGUCACUUACGUCUCCUCCGACGGCUCCUACCGCCGCACGGACUUUGUGGACAGGAGCCGCUCCUCACACCAGCUGAGGGCUCUGGCAGCAGGCCGGGCCUACAACAUCUCCGUUUUCUCCGUCAAGCGCAACACCAACAACAAGAACGACAUCAGCAGGCCUGCAGCCCUGCUCACCCGCACACGCCCCCGCCCCAUUGAGGACAUAGAGGUCACCAACGUGUCAGCUGAUGCCAUCUCAGUGCGGUGGGCUCUGCACAGGAUCCAUCAUGCCACCGUCAGUGGAAUUCGAGUGUCCAUUCUCCACCCUGAGGCCACCGAGGCCCAAUCCACCGAGGUGGACAAGAGCGUGGACCGACUCACGUUUGGGGCCCUGCUGCCAGGAAGGAGAUACACCGUGUGGGUGGCCACCCUCAGUGGGCCUGGGGGAGCAGAGCAUCCUACGGAGAGCCUGGCCUCCGUGCCACUGCACGUGUGGACACGUCCCCUGCCUCCAGCAAACCUCACGGCUUCCCGAGUCACAGCCACCUCUGCCCAUGUACUCUGGGACACCCCCACUCCAGGCACAUCACUGGAGGCAUAUGUCAUCAACGUGACCACAGGCCAGAGCACCAAGAGCCGCUACGUCCCCAACGGGAAGCUGGUGUCCUACACCGUUCGGGAUCUGCUGCCAGGGCGGCGGUACCAGCUCUCGGUGAUGGCCGUGCAGAGCAGCGGGCAGGGCCAGCGGCACAGCGAGCCCGCGCACCUCUACAUCAUCACGUCCCCCAGAGAUGGCACUGACAGACGCUGGCACCAGGGAGGACAUCACCCACGGGUGCUCAGAAACAGACCGCCCCCAGUGCACCUGCCAGAGCUGCGUCUACUCAACACCCACGGCGCCCCCGGAACACCAACCCCGCCCCCGAGCUUCUCGGAGCUUGUGGAUGGAAGAAGAAGAGUAAGUGCCAGGUUCGGGGUCCUGCCCAGCACCUCAGCCACAGAGAGACCACAACCCACAACCCCAGUGCCACUCGGGAACACAGAAGAGGCCCCCCAGCAGACCCACGUGGUCCUCCAGCUCCCCAAAGACAGCGACAAGGAUGCUGAAAGCGCCCCUGAGAGCUGCUCAGAAGGUGCCUGUCAGAAUGGAGGCACCUGUGUGCCAGGUGCGGAUGCCCACCACUGUGACUGCGGGCCAGGCUUCAAAGGCAGGCGCUGUGAGCUCGCCUGUAAAAAGGUGCCCCGCCCCUGCACUCGACUGUUCUCGGAGACAAAGUCCUUUCCGGUCUGGGAGGGAGCCGUCUGCCACCACGUGUACAAAAGAGUCUACAAAGUUCACCAAGAUGUCUGCUUCAAAGAGCACUGUGAGAGUACCAGCCUCAAGAAGCCCCAUACAGUUGUUUCAGGAAACAAAGUAACCGUCAAACACUGAAGAAACAAAAGGGAACACGGAGCA